GUCGAACAAGGUAGCUUCAUAAACAAAAGUUUUCUCUCUAAAGCAGACAUAACAGUUUUCAUAAAAUAGGUCAUAAAAAUAGUAAAGUUCAGCCUUUAAAAAUGGCUUCAACAAAUCACGACCCUGCGUACGAAUCUCCAAGUGGAUAUGGUGAUAGCAUUUCCAAAAAACACAUCAAAUUAGAUUCGCGACAAAGUAACAUAGAAAAAAUCAGAAUUCGUAAAGCGAAAAUUUAUCAACUUCCACGUAGUCAAAAGCUCGCAAAGAUUGCAAUGUAUUCAACUUGUUGUCAGCCAAAUUGUUGUUGUAAAGGUUGGCGCUUACCUGAAGAGCACAGACACAAAGAUGUUGAAAUAGAUCAUUGUCCAAAUGUAUAUGAUUUAUGUCGAAAUGCAAAUUGUAAACAUUCAUUAGAAAUGCAUUUUUCACACAUCAAAAAUAUUUCAAAUGAGCAAAUGGAUCAACUUCUCUCAAUCAUUGUCGACGCUGAAGUUCUGUAUACAACAUUAGGUCUUCAAAAAGAUAAAUUUAUCAAGAAAAUUUAUUCAUUUCUAUUCACGUUUCUUCAUUCUUGUGUAUCUGAAAGAAAACCUGCAAUAAUUCAAGGACCAUUAGGCGAUCCACCAUUUCAAAAACCAUCAAUUCAGAAAAUUAUAAAGAAUUUCGUUGUGAUGAAAUAUGAUAAAUUGAGGGAGAACAAUGAAGCUGAAUUUAAAGUGAUAACUGAAGUUGCAAGAACGUUUUUAAACUGUUAUAAUAAUUGGGAUUUUGAAGCACCAAAAGAUUGCAAGGACUCAAGUGCUGAAGAGAACUUUUACAAAAUUGAUUACACUCGUUGGCUCGUCUUUUGUUACAUUCCAGCAUUUUGCGAUAGCUUAAAAUAUUACAAUUGCACAGAAAUCUUUGGAAAACGUUUUCUUUUGUACACUUUUCCAUUUUUAUCGCAACAGUUUAUCUAUCACUAUGAAACAGAGAAAGAAAGUUUACCAGCUGAUAAACAAAUGCUUCUUGAACGACUGCCAAAGUUCCUUGAAACGCUGAGAGAAGAAAUUCAAAAUGAAAAGUCGGAAAUCUUUAGUCCCACUUUUAAGCCCACACAAUUAGCUCCAACUGCUUAUCCACGAACAAAGAGAUUGUUAGAUAACAAUAGUGAUGUCAGAAUAGCAGCUAAGAGAAUGAGACGUGAGGCUGAAGACUUACCCGACGAAGUUGUUUUAAAAGCUUUGAAACGUGUUGGAGAUCCAAAUUAUACAAAUCGAACUGACGUUCUCAAUCCCGUCGUUCAUGCGGCACGUGACGAAGCUGCAAAAGCUGAAGAGAAACGGAAGGAAAUUGAAUUCCAUGUCGUCGGUAAUUCAUUAACAAAUAAAAUUUCCCAACUACAAAAGCGAUGGUUGUUGGAUCUUAAAAAUGUUUUCGCUCAUCGACUUCCACGAAUGCCAAAAGAUUACAUCGCACAACAAGUGUUUGACGGAAAGCAUAAAACUUUAGCUUUGAUAAAAUAUGGACGACCAAUUGGUGGCAUUUGCUUUAGAUGUUUUCCUACGCAAGGAUUUAUUGAGAUUGUCUUCUGUGCUGUUGAAGACAAGGAACAGAUCAAAGGCUAUGGAUCUCAUUUAAUGAAUCAUCUUAAAGAUUACAGCAUCUCCAAAAAGAUUCGACACUUUCUCACUUAUGCUGAUGAGAAUGCGAUUGAAUUUUUCAAAAAACAGGGCUUCUCAAAUGAUAUUAAACUUCCACGAACCGAAUAUUUCGGAUACAUUAAAGAUUACGAAGGUGCGACGUUGAUGCAUUGUGAACUUCAUCCAGGAAUUAUUUACACACAAUUCAGUAGUGUCGUGAGAAAGCAGAAAGAAAUUGUUAAAGAACUUUUCUCACAACGUCAACAAGAAAUUCAAAAAGUUCAUCCUGGAUUGACUUGCUUCAAAGAAGGCUUUCGACGAACAAUUCCACUUGAAGCGAUUCCAGGAUUGCGAGAAUUGGGCUGGAAAAUGCCAUCGAGGAAUGCACCGAAACAUUUGAGAUAUUUUGAAGAGAACAGUGAUCCGGAAGUGCUUGCUAUUCAAUUCAAUAAUAUUCUGACACUGAUUAAGAAUCAUAAAUGCAGUUGGCCAUUCUUGAAACCUGUGGCAGCUUCAGAAGUUCCAGAUUAUUAUGAUCACAUUAAAUAUCCGAUGGAUCUUAAAACGAUGGGAGAAAGAAUCAAAAAUCGUUAUUAUGUCACUCGACAUCUCUUCAAAGCUGACAUGAAUCGAAUCUUUACAAAUUGUCGUUUGUAUAACUCGCCCGACACAGAAUACUUUCAAUGUGCAGAGAAACUUGAGAUUUAUUUUAACAAUAAGAUGAAGGAGCAUGGGCUCAUGGAAUAAAUAUGGUUAAUUAAGAUAAUAUUGUAAGAAUUUUAAUAUUCUCUAAAUAAAUAAAAUUUUAUAUUUUUUAUUUCUUUCAA